AGCUGUCCCCUCCCGCUCACCGCACAUCAGCCAAUCGCAUCUCACAGCUUUUUUCCCGGCUCCUCCCACUCACUCUCACUAUGGCUACAGCUACCGCCCCAUCCCUUUUAGUGCUGUGACUGACGCACCGAGAAGCCAAUCAGGCGGCUGAUAAUACUCCGGACGUCUUGUAGAUAGUGGCAGCUGCAUCACAAAGGUCAUCACUAGAGUAAUCAACUGUAGCUACUAUCAGUGUCCUCAUAUGUGCUGCGGCCAUUUUCCUGUAGUCUCUUAUACGUGAUAGGUUGUCAGAGCCUCAAGGAGUGACGUAGAAGAGGGGGCGGAGUUAGGGAGUCCUCAACCGCCAUUUUGGAGAUCUUCAUUAAAACAGAUAAUUACGUGGUGCGGAUCCAGAGACUUUGAGGAUGGACAUGGACCGGAGUCACACAAAUGAGAGGAUAUUACAUCUCACCCUGGAGAUCGUCCACCUGCUGACUGGGGAGGGUUACACAGUAGUGAAGAAGACAUUCCUUGACCAUCUGACAACCAUUAGCUGUGCCUCCAUCACGGUGCCUCCACCUCAGUCACAGAUACAUGAGAGGGACGAUGACCAGAAGAUCCUGGAACUCACCAACAAGAUCAUUCAGCAGCCAUCUGGAGAGGAGGGGGAGUAUAUAGAGGAACACAGGGGUCUGUACAAGGACGUGAUGAUGGAGAAUCACCGGCCCCUCACAUCACUGGAUGGACCCAGUAACAGAGAUACCCCAGAGAGAUGUCCCCGUCCUCUGUAUUCCCAGGAUUGUACAGAGGAGAAUCACAGGAUCCCACAGAAGGAUCAGGAUGAAUUUCUGACUGAUAAUAAUGCAGAAUAUAUAGUGGGAGAAGAAGAGACGUAUUUUACUGAUAAUAUGGCAAAACAUACAGAAGAAGAAGAAGAAGAGUCGUAUGUGACUGAUAUGAAAGAAGAAUUUAUAGAGGGAGAAGAAAAGACGUAUUUUACUGAUAACAUGGCAAAACAUACAGAAGAAGAAGGAGAAGAAGAAGAGACGUAUGUGAGGGGGGAUCAGCAGUGUAAGGAGGAGCAAAUACCUACAGCCAUCAGCACAGCAGAUGGACAGAGGGGCAGGAAUACCUCGGAGGGACAUCUAACUUUGUUUCCAGAUUUUAAAUUAGAAGAGAAGAACAUCACACGAGAUUCUUCAGGAGAAAACCUUUUUACCUCAAUUUUACAUCCAGUACCUCAUAGUGCAGAUAUAUCAUCUGAUCCCUCUAACCAUGAGGAGUGUAACAUUAAUUCAGAUGUUGGUGCACAUAGUGCAGCUCCUACAGAUGCUACAGUAUUUCCCUCUUCUGAAUUUGUUAAAUCCUGUAAUAAUCAGUCAGUUUUUGUUAGACAGGAGAAUCGCACAAGUAAGAAACAAUUUUCAUGCUCUGAGUGUGGGAAAUGUUUCAAAUAUAGAGCAAAUUUUGUUGAACAUCAGAGAAGUCACACACGUGAGAAGCCAUUUCCAUGCUCAGAAUGUGGGAAAUGUUUUACAAAGAAAUCAUCUCUUAUUAUGCAUCACAGACUUCACAAAGGUGAGAAGCCAUUUCCAUGCUCUGAGUGUGGGAAAUAUUUCAAAUAUAGAGCAAAUUUUGUUGAACAUCAGAGAAGUCACACAGGUGAGAAGCCAUUUCCAUGCUCAGAAUGUGGGAAAUGUUUUACAAAGAAAUCAUCUCUUAUUAUGCAUCACAGACUUCACACAGGUGAGAAGCCAUUUCUAUGCUCUGAGUGUGGGAAAUGUUUCACACAGAAAUCAGCCCUUGUUGUACAUCAGAAAAGUCACACAGGUGAGAAGCUGUUUCCAUGUUCUGAGUGUGGGAAAUGUCUUGCACACAAAUCAACUCUUCUUGCACAUCUGAGAAUUCAUACAGGUGAGAAGCCAUUUUCAUGCCCUACAUGCGGGAAAUGUUUUACAAAGAAAUGCAAAAUUGUUGAGCAUCAGAAAUGUCACACAGGUGAGAAGCCAUUUCAAUGCUCUGAGUGUGGGAAAUGUUAUAUGCGAAAAUCCGCUCUUGUUGUACAUCAGAAAAGUCACAGAAAAGUCACACAAGAUGAAAACCAUAUCGGUGAUCUGACUGACAUGAAAGAGUUUUGCAACAAUCUACCUAUUGUAAAAGUCAUUGAUAGACCCGGAUCCCGGCCUCCAGACGCCCGGCAGCUGCACCAGAGGACCUUGCUGCUGCAGCUCCUAUCCGCUGCAGCCACACCAACCAGCUUACAGGAAUGCCGCAUGGACCAGAUCCGGAGAAUUGCUGAGUCACUGAAGAUGGACAAGGACCGGAGUCACAUGACCGACAGGAUACUAAACCUAACUCUGGAGAUCAUCUACGUGCUGACUGGGGAGGAUUAUACAGUAGUGAAGAAGAUAUCCAGUGACCAUUUGACACCCAUCGGCUGUGACUCCAUCACUGUGCCUCCAACUCACUCACUGAUAAAUGAGAGACAAAAUGACCAAAUGAUCCUGGAACUCACCAACAAGAUCAUUCAGUUGCCAACUGGAGAGGAGGGGGAGUAUAUAGAGGAACACAGGGGUCUGUACAAGGAUGUGAUGAUGAAGAAUCACCGGCCCCUCACAUCACUGGAUGGACCCAGUAACAGAGAUACCCCAGAGAGAUGUCCCCGUCCUCUGUAUUCCCAGGAUUGUACAGAGGAGAAUCACAGGAUCCCACAGGAGGAUCAGGGUGAAGAUCUGACUGAUAAUAAGGCAGAAGAUAUAAAGAGAGAAGAAGAGACGUAUGUGACAGUUAAUAUUGCAGAAGAUACAGAGGAAGAAGAGACGUAUGUGACUGAUAUAAAGGCAGAAGAUGUAGAGAGAGAAGAAGAGAUGUAUGUGAGAGGUGAUCAGUUGUGUAAGGAGGAGGAAAUUCCUACAGAUAUCAGCACAGCAGAUGGACAGAGAGGCAGGAAUACCUCGGAGAGACAUCUAACUAUGUUUCCAGAUUUGAAAUUAGAAGAGAGCAUCUCAUGGUAUUCUGGAGGAGAAUACUCCAUUACCCCAAUUAUACAUCCAGUGCCUCACAGUGCCGAUAUAUCAUCUGUUCCCGCUAACCAUGAGGAGUGUAACAUUAAUUCAGAUGUUGCUACACAUAGUACAGCUCCUACAGAUUCUACAGUCUUUCCCUCUUCUGAAUUUGUUAAAUCCUGUAAUAAUCAGUCAGUCUUUGUUACACAGGAGAAUCGCACAAGUAAGACACAAUUUUCAUGCUCUGAGUGUGGGAAAUGUUUUAAAUAUAAAGCAAAUUUUAUUGAACAUCAGAGAAGUCACACAGGCGAGAAGCCAUUUCCAUGCUCUGAAUGUGGGAAAUGUUUUACACAGAAGUCGAAUCUUGUUACACAUCUAAAAAAUCACAGAGAUAAGAGACCAUUUUCAUGCUCUGCGUGUGGGAAAUGUUUUACAUAUAAAUCACGUCUUGUCAUACAUAAGAGAAGUCACACAGGUGAGAAGCCAUUUUCAUGUUCUGUGUGUGGAAAAUGUUUUACAUAUAAAUCAUUUCUUGUCAUACAUGAAAGAAGUCACACUGGUGAGAAGCCAUUUCCAUGUUCUGAGUGUAGGAAAUGUUUUAAAAAGAAAUCAGGUCUUGUUAGACAUCAGAUAACUCACACAGGUGAGAGGCCAUUUCCAUGUUCUGAGUGUGGGAAAUGUUUUACACAGAAAUCAGAUCUUGCUGCACAUCAGAGACGUCACACAGGUGAAAGGCCAUUUCCAUGCUCUGAGUGUGGGAAAUGUUUUACACAGAAAUCCGAUCUUGUGAUACAUCAGAGAAGGCACACAGGUGAGAAGCCAUUUUUAUGCUCUGAGUGUGGGAGAUGUUUUAAACAGAAAUCAUAUCUUGUUAAUCAUCGGAGAACUCACACAGGUGAGAGACCAUUUCCAUGUGCUGAGUGUGGGAAAUGUUUUACACGUAAAUCAGCUCUUGUUAGACAUCAGAGAAAUCACUCAGGAGAGAGACCAUUUCCAUGCUCUGAGUGUGGGAAAUGUUUUACACAUAGAUCUGAUCUGGUUAGACAUCAGAAAAUUCACACAAAAUGAAAACAAUAUCAAUGAGCUCACCGAUAUGAAAGAGGAUUGCAGCAAUCUAUAUAUUAUGAAAAGCAUUGAUAUUAAAAUUUGCAAUUCAAGUACGGAGUGUAUUCUCAAAGGUAUAUUUUCCUCACCUAUUCAUUAUAGAGGACAAUUAAAAAUUCAAGUCGUUGCCAUACACAGACAUAGGUGAAAUUUUCGCCAUCGACGUAAGACUGGAACAGAAUGUACAUGUAUGGAUGUUAUUGCAAUCUACUUAUUCUGUUAGAUGUCGGUAUCUGUUAUAUCUCUUCACAACAUUUUGGCCAAAGCCAAGGAAUUAAUUUGUUUUGACUGUGGUCUUAUUUGCAGCAAGUAAAGAAGAUUUAAUAAGUUGGGACAGGGGUACAACCAGCUCCAAUCGAGGGACUCAAGCUCCUCCUCUUCAUAUGCAACCUGUCCUACCGACACCAGUUUUUGGUGCCUAAGUUUUUUUUUUGUGACAAGUAAAGCUAGUGUUCUGAGUUGUACUCCAGCUUGUUAAGAAUUUGGGAGAUUUUUACGUUUUAUUCUUUCCUCUUUGGCUAAUAGGGGGUGAGUGGGUGAGUUCUUUCCCUCCAUUUUUCUAUGGAGCCUUUAGCUGAUCAAUUAUGUUCUUUUCAAGCCCAGAACUUUAGUAUACCGUAGUUGCGGCAUGCCAGUUUAGUCAGACAGCCAAACAGGCCCCAGACCAACACACCGAUAUUAGACAUCGUGAGAAGGUAGCCCAUCAGGAGAAGCCCUUGGUAAAAGCUCAUCUGUUAUGUUUCAUGGACAAGUGGUUAGAAAACACUUCAGAGACUUGGUAAGAGAUAUUUACAUAGGUUUAUAUUAUAGAUCUUCUACCAGUUCACUUGAUCCAAGAAAGUGUCUGGCUUUACAAGAGGCAAUUUAGAAGUUUCAGCAGGAAUUGUCCCAGUACCUGCCGGCAGAGAGAUGUGAUAUUUUAUUGAAACCUUUUCCUUGGUCAGAAGCCAGACGGGUCUUUUGGGCCACUGCAUUCAGAGUCUUUACCAAGGUGAUGGAGGCCUUGCUAAGGUUUAAUAAAAGUAGUUACUCCAGAGAUUCUGUUAGAUCGUGUCAGAUUAACAGAACGAAGAGUUGGUUUCCCAUGGUUGGGUAAUAUAUUGUUUAAAAUUAAAUAAUCAAGUCUAGUUCUGGAUUUUCCUGGGCAAACUGUUCAAAAUCAGACUUAUGAGGGUUUUUCCUUCUGGAAGCAAGAUUCCCUUCCUACAAAAAAUGGUAACAUAGCUCCUGAAAUAGAGACGUGUUGGUACUUUAUUGCAUAAAGGCAUUGGGCAAGAUGGUCUUCACUUAUCAGGCAAAUCAUUUUGCCCAAUUUCACUCUCAGAGGUUACAGAUAAAGAUUUGAUGCAGAUGAUACAGGUCCCAUCUUCAUCUGUAAUAUGUAUUUCAUUCUGUUCACUGUUGUAGCAACCUAACAGGUCAUUCUUUUGUAAUGUCAGAAUGACAUUACAUGUUUCAGGGCAGGUGGUUUCUCGAAGAGUCCUUACUCCAUAUCCAUGUUCUGAAACUUUAGGCUGGUCUUCAGUGCCCGAAAUUCCCUUUACAUAGACCAGUUCCUCAAGUCUACAUAAAGGGUCAGACAGUCUCAGUUAAUUUAGACAUUGCUAUUAUAAUAGCAUAUUUGAACCAUCAGGGGAUACCAAGAUUGCCCAGACCACAGAGACAUCAAGGAUCUUCCUAUGAGUGGAGAGGAAUGUGCGGUCUCUCGCCGCUUUGUAUUUUCCCGAGGUGAGCAUUGGGCAAUGGACUAUCUCAGCAGACAGAACCAACAUUUGGGGGAAUGAUCACUCCAUCCAGAUGUUUUCCAACAGAUAGUGGACAAAUGGGUUCAACCAGAUAUUAAUAUGAUAGUGUCCACAUUGAACUUCAAAGUAAGACAUUACUGUACCAGGAUAAGAGAUCCAGGGUUGGUAUUAGUUGUGGUAGUGAUGGUCUUUUAGGAUUAUCCCCUCAUUUACCAUGCUGCAGAAGGUCAUGGAAAAGGUAAAGGGUACGUCAUUCUUGUUGCUUUAGACUGGCCAUAAAGGGUCUGGGAAUUUGGAUCUGCUGUGCAGGUGGCAGGCUCUUGCAUUGCCUGGUCCCUUAAUCCAGGGGAGAUUCCUACAAUCAGCAUUACCGCAUCUAGCUUGGUUAUUCAGAUCCAAAAUGUAUUCAGAUAAGUUGAAAAAGACCACAAUGAAUGUUAGGUGGCCUGCAUCAGCCAAAAGGUAUCACAGAGUGUGGAAAUCUUAUGUGGCCUGGUGUGAAUGGAUGAAGGUCCCCACUUUGACCUUCACGUUGGCACAACUGUUCAUGUUUUACAGGAGGGUCUUGAUGCAGCGUAAAGGUGGGGUUAUCUGAAAGUUCAGUCAUGUCAGUGUUUUGUUUUUUUAAUCAGUAAAAAACUAGUAACAAUUCCAGAGUUCUAGACUUUUGCAAAGCUUUCCCCAUUUUCAAGGCCAGUACUCAACCUCUGUUCAAAGGCAUUUUUUAAAUAUGGCCGUCCAAGGAAAAAGUUUGGAUGCUCCUGUUAUAGACCAUGCUUUUUUCACUGGUGGACUUGUGUAAUUCAAACAAAUGAUAAGAACUAUUUAGAUUUUCAGUCAAUGAGAAAGUUUCCGUUGUGGGGUAUAUAUAUGUGAUAAGUAAUGGUAGCUUUUGUAAAGUGAAUGUGAAACUAGAGACAUUUAUACACAUCGCAUUGCUGUAGUUUAGGAAUCAUAGUUUAGAAUACUCCACUAACAAAUGACUCCGUAGUCAGCACGUCCUCUUCUUUUUAUAUUAUAAGAGCUCCUAUGGUUUAGAACGGUGAGUUCUAGCUGUUGGUCCGUUCCCAAGUGCAUCUUUCUUUUCCCUUUUGUUGUACGUUACCCGUGGUCAUCCUUGGAAAACUCUGAAGGUGAAGAUGUUGAUCUGUGCAAUAGUGUUACCAAGGAGCAGCAGAGAGAGGAAAGUGAUAGAGUGAGGUGAAGCUGGUGGGGUUAACGGCAAAAAUCUAAAAAAGUGUUAAUAAGAUGUUUUGUGCAGAAUUAUGUUAUCAUUGUGUUGUGCUACUAGGUUUCUCCUGUUAUGUUGAUGCUUCCCCACCUAUUAUACUAUAAUGUUACGACUACAACGGUGCCAGAUCUUGUGAACUUUUUAGUUAUGUGGGACACGAACAUAAAUGUUUUUGUAUUUUAUUCGGUGAAACCUUUCUAUUAUGCCGUACAAUGACCUUUAAUGUGAUCAGCUUACUAUGAAUAAAAUAAUUUAUACAACGUA